AGCACGACAAGCAUCGCAGCCACCUGAGCUUAUGAAUUAGCUUGGGUAAAGUCUGGCUCUACUCCACAGUAAUUCUAGGGCCGGCCUUAUGGCAUACCACCACGACGCCCCCACAGAAUCGAGGGCGUAUCAGAUGGGUUCAGACCGUCACAUUUAUUCUUUCCAUGUUUUCACGAAAACCCAAGACUUAAGGCUCUUGGCCUUGCUCCACCCAUCAUUAUAUUCGCCUUCUUGACUAACAUUCAAGAGAAAUCUUAGCUAAUGCCAAUACUGUAGCUGGGAACCUCUGUGCUUGAGAAAUCCAGUAUUUGAUGGCCAUGUCGCCUCUCUAGCUGAAGGUCCUUCGUGCUUCCAUGCGCCGACCUAAUCUUCUCAUCAUCGCAUGAUGGCAGGUGGUUUCCUCCCGUACCACGAGCCUGGUAUUGUUGAAAUCCUGAUUAUCAUCUCAUUCUUUUUCUUCCUCUCCUUAGCGGAAUGGGUCUCCGCCAAAGUUCUCCGCGCCGGAAUUAUUGGGCAGAUUGCAGUUGGCAUCAUCUAUGGUGUACCGCUGGCAAAUAUUCUUGAAUUCAACUGGCAACAGACUUUCCUGGUGCUGGGAUAUGUUGGCUUGAUCCUGAUUAUUUUUGAAGGUGGUCUUGGCGCCCGGCUCGAUCUUCUGAAGGAGAAUUUGGUGGUGAGCACUAUUGGCGCCGCCACGGGGGUUUGUUUUCCCAUCGGACUUUCCUAUCUUUUGUUAUACCUGGGAUAUGGAUAUGGCGCGGUCGAGACGUUCAUCAUCGGGGCGGCACUUUCCGCUACCUCUUUGGGUACCACAUUCGCGGUAAUCUCAUCCGCCUCGAAAACAGUGGAUUUAGCUCAAACUCGCGUGGGCUCAGUUCUUGUGAGCGCAGCUGUCAUUGAUGAUGUGGUUGGUCUCGUGCUUUCGAGCAUCAUCUCCGACCUAGGGAAACUCUCCAACAGCGACGCCAACCUCGGCUGGAUCAUCGGUCGUCCAAUCGUAGCCUCCGUUGGAAUGGCCAUCGUCACACCUGUCGUAACGAAAUUUCUCUUUGCGCCGAUAUUCCGAAAAUACAUCGAGUACCACUUUGCCCGCUACGACCACAUCUCCAACAUCAUAUUAAUGACACUCGUCUUAUGCGCAUUUAUCUCCAUCGCGGCUUACACGGGAACAUCGGUCCUCUUUGGCGCAUUCCUCGCCGGAACAUUUCUCUCCUACCUACCGAGCAAGCGUCCCGAUGGCCCAUUUGUGGUUAUGAGUCGUGAAGAAGGCGAGCAGAAUGAGGAUAAAAGUCCGACCUUUGUUCAUACGUUCGAGGUCUAUCUCCUGGGUGUGCAGGCGUAUCUGAUGGAGCCUCUUUUCUUUGCGAGUAUUGGAUUCGCUAUUCCGUUCGUGCAGCUGUGGACGGGGAAGCGUAUUUGGCGGGGUAUAUUAUACACGCUUCUGAUGGUUGUUGCAAAGUUUGUCGUGGGGAUAUGGAUCCCAAUCUGGAAAUACCUGCCAGGGACCAAAUCAAAAGACAGCAAAGCAUCUAACGAGUCUCCUUCUGCUCCGAAUGUACCAGCGGAGGCUCCCAAAGACAACGCAACGAUGCUAUCGGCCCUGUUACUUGGUUCUGCCAUGGUUGCGCGUGGCGAGAUUGGUCUUUUGAUUAUUGAAAUCGGUUACAACUCCACGGAAUACGUGAGCGAGGAAGGAUUCAUCACUGGUGUUUGGGCAAUCUUGUUGAACACGAUUAUCGGUCCGGUUACGGUGGGUCUGUUGGUCAAAUUUUAUGGGAAGCGAAUUGGGGAGGGUGAAUGGGGAUUGCAGAAGGACUCGGGUCCAUCGCAUGAGAAGCAGAAUGCGCAAGGUACUGUAUGACAUCUGUUGUAUGACACGAGUUCCCCACCACGGUGAGGUUAAGCCCUAA